AUGGUCAGGAUGCGGAUCCCCAUCCGCGAGCAAUUGGGAUGUCUCGUGCUCCUGGCUUCUCUGAUCGGGCUGGCUGUCAUAGCAAUUGCAACAUGGAUCACGAACCACAACUUCGUGCUCGGCAUACGGUCUACCCGCCUCACCCUGACCGCGUCUCUGAAGGCGGCGCAACUGGGCUCCAAUCUGCUGGUUAUGAGAACCAGCGUCCGGCAGACGGCCUCGCGCCUUGCCGUCCAGAGCGCUCUGCAACGCUACUAUCGAGACAACAACAAUUCGGAUGCAAAUUGGUCGCGCACUGCGGAUGACUUCGACGCCGUUUUCUCUGGUGAUCAAGCGAGUCGCUUACCUAUUCAGGCUAGAGUGUACCCAUACAACACUUCGGACUUCGCUCUCUUCAGCCGGACGAAAGAUACCCUCCAGGGAAUGGAGCUGCCUUAUCUCACGCCCGAUGGCAAGAACGCUACCUUUGGAAACCUGCAAUAUGGCUAUCCCGAGGAGCUGUAUCCGAAGUUUACGCCCGUCCCAUUUCCCAUCAACGCUACCUACAACCAGACUUUCGCUGCCUAUAAUGGGAGACCGAUUGAUCGUGACAGCUUUAUCCUCUCGGGCCCGUACCGAGUCAAUAGCACAUUGAGUCUAGUCUCCAUCACGAUGCCCAUCAUAAACAAUACUUCGAGCAUCGACACGCUCGGUUGGCUGACCACCGUGCUUGACGCCGGUCUUCUCAAAAACGUCGUAGACGCUAUGGAAGGACUGGAUGACACGGGCCUUACAAUGGUAUUUGGACCAGACAAUUCUACGAAUAAAUUUCCCGCCGGAGUCUUGUACAGUUCACCGCACCCCGAUGCUCCGGAAGACGAGUCGGUUCGUUUCGUGCUUCCCCCGACAAACAGGUCGGUUGCUGUCAGACACGGGGCCUACGACACGUCGAUAGAUCCACUACCUUUCGACUGGAAGGAGUUUCCCGCAAUCCGGAAAGGAUAUACGGAGCCGACCGAAGCGACUAAUAACGCUGGGAGCCUCAUUUCCACCGAGAACGAGGCGGGGAGCAACGUUGCUGUUGGCUAUGCCCUGGUCAGCAGCGACCUGGUUGACUGGAUGGUUAUUGUCGAACAAACGCAUGGUGAGGUUUGGGCACCAAUAAAUCGCUUGCGGACUGUCAUCGUAGCCUGCGUGUUUGGAACCAUGGGCGCCAUGUUGAUCCUCGCCUUCCCCGUGGCACAUUAUUCUAGCCGACCUAUUCGCCGUCUUCGCGACGCCACCAAACGGACUGUUUCGCCCCAACCUUUUGACGACGAUAGCCUCGGCUCGCAAGUAGAUGGCGAUGAUGAGCGGGACGUGCUUGCCCGCAAAGAAGGGUGGUUUGGGCGGGUAAUACACUACCGACGGAAUCAAAAAGCAAGCAGAGCGGAAAGGAGAGACGCAGAGAGGAGACGCCAGUUCCGCAUUCCAUCAAAAGUCAAAGACCGGAAACAUUUCAUCCACGACGAGCUCACUGACCUAACUAAGACGUUCAAUGAGAUGACAGAUGAGCUCAUGAUGCAAUACGAGAAGCUAGAAGAGAGAGUCCAGCAGAGGACUGCCGAGCUAGAGCAAAGCAAGAAGGCAGCUGAGGCGGCAAACGAAAGCAAAACGCUGUUUAUCGCCAAUAUCUCGCACGAGCUCAAGACUCCACUCAACGGAAUUCUAGGCAUGUGCGCUGUCUGCAUGUCGGAGGACGACCCUGUCAAGCUGAGGCGAUCUCUUGGCAUCAUUUACAAGAGCGGCGAUCUCCUCCUCAAUCUUUUGACAGAUCUGCUAACAUUCAGCAAAAAUCAAGUUGGACAGCAUCUGAGCCUAGACGAGAAAGAAUUCAGGCUAAGAGACAUCAGCUCCCAAGUCUUGGCUAUCUUCGACAAGCAAGCGAAGGAGACGGGCAUCAAUCUAUGCAUGAAAUUUGAAGGUCCUUACGAGGCAAACUUGGACGACAACGGACGACAAAACGACCUUGGCGAUCUUGGACCCUUUGGACUUGGUCGUGUCAAGGACAUGAUCUUGUACGGCGACCAGCACAGAAUUCUCCAGGUGGUGAUCAAUCUUGUUUCCAACAGCCUCAAAUUUACGCCUCACGGAGGAUCCGUUACGAUUACGAUCCGAUGCAUUGGGGAAGCCUCGGUGACAGACAGCAGGAAGGCGUCAUUGCAGUCGAGGAACAGCUCAAUGCGGGGCUCGAAGAACCGAGUUCGUGCAACCAGUUCGGAGGUCGGGUCAGUUUCCAUUACCAGUCCCGAUCAAUACGGAACGGCCAACGUUAUCAAUGCUCUGGAUAAGCCAACCGCCUAUUCUCAUAUGAUGAUACAGGAGCGGGCGGCAACACCACCACCCGGGCGGUGGUUAUCUUUCGAGUUUGAGGUCGAGGAUUCCGGUCCUGGUAUCCCAGAAAGCCUCCAAGGCAAGAUCUUUGAGCCCUUUGUCCAGGGCGACCUUGGUCUGAGCAAGAAGUACGGAGGAACUGGUCUGGGGUUGAGCAUCUGUUCGCAGCUGGCUGGACUGAUGAAGGGUACGAUUCAGCUGAAGAGCGAGCUUGGCCAUGGCAGCGUAUUUACCAUGUCCAUACCUCUGAAGCACCUCACUAGCCGCGCAGACAGUACAGCCAGUUCAAGCAACGUCAAUCUUGCAGAUCCGAACGCACGUCAGAGCAUGGACGAUCCGCGAAAAACCGACGACGCGCUUUCCGGCCGUUCUGUACCCUCAGCGUCGAGCAGUCCCAUACCAGCUGCGGGACCCUCGAGCGGGCCUCCGCCAUUCGAGACCGACUCGAAGCCACGCCUAGUGGGUCUGAGCCAGCCCUUCUUUGCCUCCAAUGUUCCACUAGAAUCACCAAACUCUCAGACAGCGGCGAUGCAGCGAGUAGAAGCCGAAGCAACGAAGCGAGGCGAUAAGGUAAAGGUCCUUGUCGCGGAGGACAACAAGACAAACCAGGAAGUUGUUCUGCGCAUGCUGAAGCUCGAAGAUGUGUACGAUGUCACGGUGGCUAAAGACGGACAGGAGGCAUUGGACAAGGUCAAAGAGAGUAUGGAGCGCCAGACGCCGUACAACUUGAUCUUCAUGGAUGUGCAGAUGCCGAACCUAGAUGGACUUCAGUCUACCCGAUUGAUCCGCCAGUCGGGUUUCUCAGCGCCCAUCGUGGCUCUCACAGCUUAUGCGGAAGAGCAGAAUGUUAGGGAAUGUCUUGAUUCCGGUAUGGAUUUCUUCCUGUCGAAGCCCAUUCGACGCCCUGCACUCAAGCAUGUCCUCAAGACCUAUUGUCCGCCUAUACCCGAAGAAGAACCAGAAGCCACGACUCCGCCGGCUACUGAGCCGUCGUCAUCUAAACCUCCGAACGGGCGUGCUGCACAGCCAUUUCAAUCUAGGCCUAUGGCAAACCCGAACACUGCCAACGCACCUGUCACUAUUGUAGCCACGACGACGGACACAUCGGAAUCACCCGCUAUCUCCCCACUUUCCCAACCGCCUCAGGGGCCAUGA